CUACAACUCUGGGUUAAGGGGUUAUACAGGGAUUUUCUGGCUGUGUAUGGUAAGGUAAUAUUUUUUUCUUUAAAACUUUAAACUUAUGCUGCAAGUGACUCUCGAAAAAAUUUGUUUUCCUCUUUUCCAGGUAAUUUUUAUAUUCAACUUUGCUGUCAGAGGCAAUGGAUGGAGCCAACCACUCUGUGGUGUCUGAGUUUGUGUUCCUAGGACUUUCCAAUUCUUGGGGGAUCCAGCUUCUCCUCUUUUUCUUUUCCUCUAUGUUCUACGUUGCAAGCCUGAUGGGAAACCUCCUCAUUGUGUUCUCUGUGACCUAUGACCCUCACCUGCACUCCCCCAUGUACUUCCUGCUGGCCAAUCUUUCCUUUCUUGAUCUGGGAAUUUGCUCUAUUGCAGCCCCCAAAAUGAUUUACGAUCUUUUCAGAACUCCCAAAGUGAUCUCCUUUGAGGGCUGUAUAACCCAAAUCUUCUUCAUUCAUGCCAUUGGAGGCACAGAAAUGGUGCUGCUCACAGCCAUGGCCUUUGACAGAUACGUUGCUAUAUGUAAGCCUCUCCACUACCUGACCAUCAUGAGCCCACGAAUGUGCAUUUUGAUUUUGAUUACUUCUUGGAUCCUUGGCUUCAUCCACUCAGUGGCCCAGCUGGCUUUUGUUGUAGACUUGCCCUUCUGUGGCCCCAAUGUAUUGGACAGCUUUUACUGUGACCUGCCUCAGCUCAUUAAACUUGCUUGCACAGACACCAAUAGGCUGGAAUUCAUAGUCACAGCCAACAGUGGACUCAUCUCUGUGGGUUCCUUCUUUGUACUGAUCAUUUCUUACCUCUUUAUUUUGGUCACUGUUCAGAAACACUCUUCAAGUGGUUUAUCCAAGGCCCUCUCCACUUUGUCAGCUCAUGUCACUGUGGUGAUUUUAUUCUUUGGGCCGUUGAUCUUCUUUUAUACAUGGCCCUUCCCCUCAUCACACUUGGACAAGUUUCUUGCUAUCUUUGAUGCAGUUCUCACUCCUUUUCUGAAUCCAGUCAUCUACACACUCAGGAACAAGGAGAUGAAGGCAGCAAUGAAAAAACUGUGCCAUCAGCUUGUGAGUUACAGGAAGUUUUCCUAA